AGCCCAAUCUUACCAAAUCUAGGGCACGUAUGUUGGUUAAAUGGGAGAUGGGUCUGGGCGGCCCGCCAUUUCCCGAAGCAGCCCAAUAGCACUCUAUGACUUGACAACCUCAGUACUAUGUACGAUGAAAGCCACGUACCAACUUUGUUCCUCCAUUUAAUUCCAAUUCGUUUUCUGUAUUGGCAUUUUUCAUCCCCAAUACUAAAAUUCUCUAUUUCACUGUCACCUACAAAGAACCCUCCCUCCCUCUCUCUCUCUCUCUCUCUCUCUCUGUGAAAUCCGACGGAGAAACUGGGUUUCUUUUGUAUUGAUCAUCUGUUAAAAAAGAAAAAAUGAGUACGAUACGAGAGCAUUUGGGUCAAAAUCCGUUUAAAGCGUUGAAGUCAAUUUCAGCGGAGAAGAAUAUUGACUUUCUGAAAUCUUUGUUGAAGGUUGCUGUCGUAAUCUCAAUGGUCGCUUCAAUUUCCCUGUUUCUGUAUUCGGCUUUUCACAGAGAGGCCCGACCUGUGUGGUUCCGAUGCCCCGAAUUCGACGACUCGACCGGAACCCCGAACGUUGUCCAGGUCAGUUCUAAUUACUCCCCAACAAAUAUUUCCCACAUAGCAUUCGGAAUCGGCGGGUCGAUCCACACGUGGAAGGACCGGAAACGCUACUCGGAGCUCUGGUGGAAACCUAAUGAGACACGCGGCUAUGUUUGGUUAGACAAAAAACCCAUCACCAAAACCCUGUGGGAUGAUAAUUCCAUUCCUUAUCGGAUUUCCUCCGACUGGACCCGAUUCAAACAUUCUUCAGGCUCCGACUCCGCGGUCAGAAUAGCGCGUGUGGUUUCGGACCUGUUUCGGGUCGGGUUGCCGGAUGUGAGAUGGUUCGUUAUGGGCGAUGAUGACACGGUGUUUUUCACUGAUAACCUUGUUACGGUGUUAGCAAAGUACGACCAUCGUCGGAUGUACUAUAUCGGAGGGAGUUCAGAGAGUGUGGAACAGAACGUAAUGCAUGCGCACGACAUGGCGUUCGGCGGUGGAGGUUUCGCCAUUAGUUACCCACUUGCGGCGGAUCUGUUCAGAUCAAUGGACGGCUGCCUUAAUAGGUACCACUACUUCUACGGCUCAGAUCAACGGGUGUGGGCCUGUGUUGGCGAGGUUGGAAUCGGCCUUACAAAAGAACCAGGGUUCCACCAGAUUGAUAUAAGAGGCGACCCCUAUGGUCUUCUUGCAGCACACCCUAGGGCUCCAAUAGUAUCUCUUCAUCACCUUGAUUAUGUAAAGCCUUUGUUUCCAAACCAGACUCAGCUCGAAGCAUUAGGAACCCUAAUGCAAGCAUACCGACUCGACCCUGCCCGAACAUUGCAGCAAUGCUUCUGCUACCAUCGGAAGCACAAAUGGUCCGUGUCCAUCUCGUGGGGCUAUACCGUGCAGAUAUACACUACACUGCUGACGGCUAAGGAGAUGGAGAUGCCAUUGCUAACGUUCCAAACGUGGCGUAGUUGGAGUGGUGGACCUUUUGAGUUCAAUACCCGUUCAAUGAGUGACGAUCGGUGUAAACAGCCUGUUGUCUUUUAUUUGAGCACGGCCAACGAUGAUGGGAAGGGUAAGACAGUGACUACUUAUAAGAAAUUUAUGGUUAAGACAGUGAACAAGUGUGGCAGAUCACAGCGUGCAGCAGCAGCUAUUGAAAACAUCAUAGUAUCAGCAUCAAAAAUGGAUCCUAAAGAAUGGAACAAGGGAAGCCGAAGACAGUGCUGCGAUAUAAAUAGAAGUUUGAAUCAUGGGACAAUGAGAAUUAACAUCAGAAGGUGUAAACAAUGGGAGACUGUAACCUUUUGAGGCAAGCUUGCUCAGUUUCUUGAUGUUGUACAUAAUUUAUUGAAAGAGAAGGAAUAUUUUUAUAUAAUAGAAGCAUAUUUUACACUGAAUUAGCUGGAUUCUAUUACAGUUGAACCUAGAGGAGGCUACUUUUACAUUA